AUGGCAUCAGCAGAGCUUUCUCGUGAGGAAAAUGUGUAUAUGGCCAAGCUCGCCGAGCAGGCAGAGAGGUACGAGGAGAUGGUUGAGUUCAUGGAGAAGGUAGCCAAGACUGUUGACUCUGAGGAACUCACUGUGGAGGAGCGCAACCUCCUGUCUGUUGCAUACAAGAACGUCAUUGGAGCCCGCCGCGCCUCAUGGCGCAUCAUCUCCUCCAUUGAGCAGAAGGAGGAGGGCCGAGGCAAUGAGGACCGUGUAACACUCAUCAAGGACUACCGUGGCAAGAUUGAGACUGAGCUCACCAAGAUCUGUGAUGGCAUCCUCAAGCUGCUCGAGUCCCACCUUGUGCCCUCUUCAACUGCUCCCGAGUCCAAGGUCUUCUAUCUCAAGAUGAAGGGUGACUACUACAGAUACCUUGCUGAGUUCAAGACUGGAGCUGAGAGAAAGGACGCUGCUGAGAACACCAUGGUGGCAUACAAGGCUGCCCAGGACAUUGCCUUGGCUGAGCUUGCUCCAACUCACCCUAUUAGGCUUGGAUUGGCACUUAACUUCUCAGUGUUCUACUAUGAGAUUCUCAACUCACCUGAUCGCGCCUGCAGUCUUGCAAAGCAGGCUUUUGACGAGGCCAUCUCGGAACUGGACACCCUGAGCGAGGACUCCUACAAGGACAGCACUUUGAUCAUGCAGCUCCUCCGUGAUAACUUGACCCUAUGGACUUCUGACAUCUCGGAGGACCCUGCUGAAGAGAUCAGGGAGGCGCCCAAGCGCGACUCGAGCGAGGGGCAGUAA